UCUUGACGAGACAGGAGUCAUUCAUAGCACUAACACUUCACAGCCUCAGGUUUGCAAGGAACUUUCUUUAGAAGCAGUGGCUGGUCUUUUAAGAAAAGCAUAUUCCAAAAUGUAAUUUUUUUUUCACUUCUUAAGUCUUCAAGAAUAAAUAGACGUGUCAUCAUGGAAAGGACCACAAUUCUAUCACUGAUUCUUCUCCCAGUGUUUUGCUCCUCCACAAUGGGAUCUUCUAACUUUCACCAUAUCAAUGUCACAAAGACCUAUGAGGAGGCGAAGCUUUACUGCAGAGAGAAGUUCACCGAUUUAGCAACAGUUCACAGCUCAGUCGACAUGGAAAACUUGAUCUCUUUAGUCCCAAGCACAACUGACAGAGCUUGGAUUGGACUGGAGGCUGGCAAUGAGAUUGCGUGGCAUUGGUCUUUGCCUGAUCAACAAACAAACUAUUUUAACUGGAAGGCAGGAGAACCACAAGAAACGGCUGAAAAAAAUUGUAUAGCAAUGGAUCCAAGUGGAAAUUGGUCUCCUGACCGUUGUGCCACUGCAAAACCAUUUGUAUGUCAAGACAAUGGAAAAGCCAGCAACUACAGCCUUUUUAACAGCACCAAGUCAUGGAGGGAUGCUCAGACACACUGCAGGACCUUAUCAUCUGACCUUGUUACCAUAAACUCAGCAGAGGAGAAUGAUGAUGUUCGUAGACUGUUAAAAUCUCAACAGGUGUGGAUUGGUCUCUUUGGAGAUAAUUGGAAAUGGUCAGAUGGGAGUAACUCAUCGUUUCGUUUCUGGAGAGCGGAUAAGCCAAACAACCUCAAUAUACAAUUUUGUGUCGCUGUUAUAUUCCUAGACGAGGGCAGAUGGAAUAACCGACGUUGCAAUACCAAAUUUCCUUUUAUUUGUCAUGACGGUAAGUAGUUUUUCCAUAUUCAUUAACAGUUUAUUGUGUCAGAAGAGUUACCUCGUGAAGUGUGUUCUAAUCAGCAGUAUAUUUGUUUAUUGAGCAAAAGUUAACAUGAUCAUUCUUAUGCAGCACAGGAAUUAAUUUCACCAACCACAAGCGUAGAAACUGAACAAGAGAGCACCACAGUACAUCGUCUGCCAACACCAUUUCCACACAACUCAUCUGAAACUAACAUUACUACCCCAGCACCAGCAACUGCAACAACAACCAUUUCCACACAAUCUGCGGCACACCCGUCUAGCACAGAGCUCAGUGAAAUAACCAUUGAAAUGCAAACUUCUACAGGAAAACCAGCGAACCCAACGGCUACAACUCUAAUGCCCACUGUCAACACCCAGAGUUUGCAUCCAGUGGACCUGAUACUCAUCCAGGAAAACAUGACAUGGAUUGGAGCUAUGAGUUACUGCAGGGAGAACCAUAUUGACCUUGUCCACAUUUCCACCGAAUACAUUCAGUACAAGGUGGCUGAAAAAGCCAGGAAUGCUACUUCACGCCACGUGUGGCUAGGCCUACGUUACACCUGCACGUUAAAACAUUGGGUCUGGAUUGGGUCAGAUUCCAACUGCUACCAGAACUGGGCCCCGGAACACGUACCUGGAAAAGUAACUGACUGUGGUUUCAGUGGCGCCAUUGAGGCCACAGGGAGGCAGCAGUGGGAGUUGUGGAUGGACAUCAUGCACCCAACUCUCGUUGACUCAGAGGAAGAAGGAGCAAACUGA